AUGAAAAUCUCAAUAGCGCUAAUAUUGGCAGCGGUAAUCGGAUGCGUAUGCGCUGAAAUUAUCACAACUGCGCCACCAGGCGAAUCGCAGACACUUGCAGUCUCUCAGGCAUACAAUGCGGAUGACGUGGUUUUCAGGACAAGUAUUAUGGCAACUUUGAGUCCAACGUCAACACAGGCAUCAGCAACUGCAGCUGCAACUUCUAGUAGUUCUUCACCAUCGCGUUCAUUGUCAAAUCUCUGCCAGGUUUCUAACCUCCCCUUGACACGACCGCAACUCUGCCUCACUUGCGCAAAUUGCUUCCAUUACGCUGCACUGUCCAACCAUUCAAACCAGCAUCAUAAUAUCUGUUUUGCCAUAGAUACUCUCUCUGCUUCCGUAUUUUGCUCCGUCUGCUGCGAUUACAUCUACAGCCCACGCCUCGAUAAAGUUAUCAAAUUGCUCAAGCUGAGGCGAGAAGAGAAAUCCACAAAGCGGAAGGCCGCAAAUGGCCACUCCAGAUCCGCGUUUAAACCUCUUCCCCAAAAUGACGUAUCUACUAUCGCCCCCGGACGCUACGGAAAUCCAAUAUCACUCCGUCCCCGCGGAUUCAGAAAUCUUGGCAAAACUUGCUUCCUCAAUGUGAUUCUACAGGCGUUUAUAGCUACACCCCUCCUACGCUCGUACUUCCUUAGCGAGAAACAUAAUCAUCUUCUCUGCACGCGGGACAAAUGCACUGCCUGCGAAUUUGAUAAACUUUUCACGCAGGUUCACCAACCAGAUACAGCUCCCCUAGGCCCAACCUCGCUUCUGCACAAUCUAUGGACAGCUCCCGGAGCGAGUGAUCUGGCUGGUUACGCGCAGCAGGAUGCUCACGAGGCGUAUAUCUCCUUACUCAAUCUCAUCCAUUCCAGCUGUACUUCCUCCACAUCGCACUCAUACGAUUGCUCAUGCAUCAUCCACACCACUUUCCAAGGCACGCUGCAAUCAGAGCUUAAGUGCAGAGUGUGUGGGUACGCCAGCGUCACUAGCGAUCCUUUCCUCGAUGUCAGUUUGGAUGUUGGCAGCAGCAGGGAUACGAAUGGAGGUGGUGGCAGUGGCAGCACCACGAACGGACCAAAGAAUGGCAAAAAUGGCACCACCAACAGUGGUAAAAAUAGCGCAAACCACACUCCCCCUUCCAUCUCACCUCAGAAUCUGGACAAUUGUCUGAGACGCUAUACAUACCCAGAACCCAGUGACUGGAAGUGCACUAGCUGCUCAGCUCAGGCGUCCACUAAGCAGCUCUCAUUCAGAAAACUCCCAACUGUCCUCGCGUUCCAGAUUAAACGCUAUGAACAUGGUCUCUGGGCGCAAAAGUUGGACGCUCCCGUACGCUUCCCGCUCACUCUUAACAUGCGUCCAUACACCAGUGACGACAGUAGCGAGCCAGACGAGAUGUACCUCUAUGACCUUUUCUGUGUUAUCAACCACCUCGGUGAGAUGGAGACGGGACACUAUCUGUGUGCGUCGCGGUUCGGUGAGCAGUGGUUCAGGUGCGAGGAUGCAGAUGUCUCACCAACUUCUAUCCAAUCGGUCCUUGAUAGCCAGGGAUACAUGCUCCUAUACAUUAAACGUACUCUCGUAUAUUAUUCAAGCGCAUAA